AUGGAUGUGCUGUGGCUGGAUGCGGAGUCGGCCGGCGCGAGCAUGGCGGUGCACAGCCGUGUCACAGGGGUGACCGCGGAAGCCGCACGGAAGCUGGUGCACGUGGAGGACGUCAACACGGGGGAGCGCUCGACGGUCGGCGCGCGGUGGUUGGUGAACGCCGCAGGCCUCGGCGCCCAGGCCGUCGCCGCGUCGAUCCAAGGCGUCCCCGCGUCUUCCAUCCCGCCCCGCCGCCUCGCAAAGGGCAGCUACUUUGCGCUCUCUGGCUGCGGCGCCCCCUUCUCGCACCUCAUCUACCCGCUGCCCGAGGACGGCGGCUUGGGGGUGCACCUGACGAUAGACCUUGGCGGCCAAGCCAAGUUUGGGCCUGAUGUGGAGUGGGUGGAUAGCAUUGAUUACAGUGUAGACCCAAGCAGGGGCGACAAGUUCUAUUCGGCGAUCCGGUCAUACUGGCCGGGGCUGCGGGACGGCGCGCUCGUGCCGAGCUACUCGGGCGUGCGGCCCAAGGUCAGCGGGCCGGGGGAGCCGGCGGCCGACUUUGUGCUGCAGGGGGCGCGCAGGGGCCACGGCGUGCGGGGGCUCGUGAACCUGUUUGGCAUCGAGAGCCCCGGGCUCACGGCGUCGAUGGCGAUCGCGGCGCGCGUGCUGGCGUUGCUACGGGGUUGA